CACAGCUUCUGGUUAUCAUGUUAAAACAUCAUCCAUUGUACAAAUAGCUUAUACAAAAAGAUCUGAAACAACUUGAGGAGGAGGGAAAUUCUGGCUUAUCUGACAAUUUUUAAAAACAAAGAACUAGGUUGUAUGUGUGCGCACGGCCCGCCUUUAGGCUUUCCAAGGAAGUCGCCUUCGACUGUAUAUUAAGCAAUGCUGAACUGUAGAUCACUCUGGCUACAUCUUACUUGUAAGCAUGUAUCAACUGCUGUUGGUGGCGCUGGGUGUACUGCACCUUCCAUAUAGUCGUCCAUGCUGCUCUCCAAAUGUGCUUCAGGGUGAUAUCAUGGUAUACGGCUAUGUCACCGAGGAAAAAAAGAGCUAUCAGAACAUGGUCAAAGUCUAUUAUGACGCAGAUGAAAAGAAAGUGGCAAAGAAAACCACGGUCAUGAUGGGGAAUAAACCAACGGAAGUACUAACCAUAGACGACUAUGUAAAAGGGAAGCGUUACGUCAUAACAAAUGGCAACACUUGCAAUGUCACGGAAUUGAAAGAGCAGUUCGAAAAAAUCUGUGUGACGCCUAAUGCAAAGUUUUUAGGUUCUACCGUUCUGGGUAACACUAAUACCAACAUGAGGGUCGAUAUGUACAGCGCCAACAUCCGGCGAGGCGAGAUUUCCUUUGAGACCAGUUUUAUGGUGACGCCGAUGGAUGGAGGUGAUUGCACCUUAGUAGGGGUUGUGGCAAAUGGAAAAGAAGAGGGCAAUCUUUUCAUGAUGGAAACGUCAAUAUACUCGAACUUUACGUUUGAAAUCCCUGACAAAUCUGUCUUUAAACCGCCUAGCGAAUGCUUCCGUUACGAAAGUAUGGGAAAUCUGCUCUUUGAAGUUAUAGGACGAUACCGUCAGAAAAACGUCAACUAUUAACCCAGAGAAGAUGCCGUCAGAAAAACGUCAACUAUUAUAACCCAGAGGAUACGUUUUGACUGGAACUUUUGUUUUAGUUUAUUAGUAGUAUUUUCUUCAAUCAAUGUAGCUGCACUGAAACACUUUAGUGAUCUAUUAAAUGUAUAUGAAUAGGAAAAACAUGGAUUGUACUAUUUAGAGAAUAUUCAGGUUAAAUGUCUUCUUUUAUGUUACACUAUAUGGUCUUUAGUGUAAUAAAGAAAUGAUACAUCC